AUGAAGCUCCUGCUGCUGUGUCUGGGACUGGCCCUAAUCUGUGCGCACACGGAAGGAACCCAUGAUGUUGUGACAAGCAACUUUGAUCCGUCAAAGUAUUCAGGGGAGUGGUAUUCCAUUCUCUUGGCCUCUGAUCACAAGGAAAAGAUAGAAGACGGUAGCAUGAGAGUUUUUGUGGAUUACAUCCACACCUUGCAGAACUCUUCCUUAAGCUUCAAAUUCCAUAUGAUUAUAAAUGGAGAGUGUACUGAAAUUGUGUUUGUUUGUGACAAAACAGAAGAGGAUGGUGUAUAUUCUGUUGAAUAUGACGGACAUAAUACAUUUAGAGUACUUGAAACGGACUAUGAUGACUAUAUUAUUUUUCAUCUCAUAAAUGAAAAUAAUGGGGAUACACUCCAAAUGAUGGAGCUCUACGGUCGAACACCAGACUUGACAUCAGAACUCAAGCACAAAUUCGUGAAACUUUGUCAAAAAUAUGGAAUUGUUAAGGAAAACGUAUUGGACCUGACCACAGUUGACCGCUGUAUCCAGUCCCGAGAUGGAGGAGAGCCCUAA